CGCUUUGCAGCUGUUCGUUAUUACUAACAGAGUAAGUGUGUGCAUGUGUUUGAGCCGGACGCUCGCAGCUCGAGGUGAGUAAAACAAUUCUGUCUGAUUUUAUAACAUUUAUAGAUUUUUUUAGAAACUAUUCACUGUUAACGACGUUUUGGCAGUAAAUCAGAGCUAACGAGCUAGCCGAGUGUCCCACUAGCGGCUAGCGAUGUUGAACAGCUGCGCUGGAGGUUCAGAGGCGGCUACACGCUAAUAAACACACUGCGGAAUGUUACACGGCUUCAGUUCCUGUGUCUAAGCCCUGAGACUUUAGUUCUCCUUACACAGAGGUUAGCUUCUCUCCUUCACUCACUCUUUCAUUGUUCAUACACUGCCAGUCAAACUUUGGACACACCUUCUAAUUCCUUUCCUGAUUUUUAUUACUUUCCACGCUGUAAAACAAUGCUGAAGCUGUCCAAAUUAUGCAGUAAUCUCAUUGGAACAGUUGAUAUAGAGAUAUGUCUGCUACUUCUGCUCUGUAAAGCCUGAGGUGAGUUAUGGUCUUUGAGAGCCAGUUUGCUUGAUGCACGUGACAGGAAUGUUCUUACAAGGACUAUUCCAGAACAACUGACCUUAAAAUAACAACUGACUCUUGGUGGUGUUGUUAUUUAAUUACUAAUGCCAUAUGUGUUAUUUCAUAGUUUGGGGAGGGGGGCAGUAUUGUUCUAGAAUGUAAAUGAAUCCAAACUUUGGACUAGUCCUAUAUGUCUCAUCUUUCCCUCUUGUUGUUGUUGUUAGUCUAUCCACUGCUUUCUUCAAGGGGUCGCCACAGUGAACCAUCUGAUCUGAACACAACUUUGCACAUGUUUUACACCGGAUGCCCUUCCCGACACACCUCUCCUAUUUCAUCCCGGCUUACAACUGGCACUGCGGUUUGAGCCUUGGGUGGGAAUUGCACCCUGCUUAUUGUUAUAUUUUCAUAACAGACAUGAUGGCUCAAACUGUUAAGGCUCUGGGUUACUGAUCAGAAGGUCAAGGGUUCAAGCCCCAGCACCACUAAAGAUGCCACUGUUAAGCUCUUGAGCAAGGUCUGCUCCAGGGGCACUGUAUCUUGUAUCUGUAAGGUACAUAUAAAUUUGAUUAAGAUUUAACUAUUUCCCUCUCUCAUGCACAUUCAUAUACAGAUUUGUUGUAGCCAAAAGGCUGGUCUGAGUUUUUCAGAAACUUCUGAUUUUUACAAAAAGUGUUUGGAGUUUAAAACAAAACAUUGUAUAAGCAGCCGUUUUUAUAGUUUCUGGGGUUGAUGGUAAGAACAGAGCUGCUGUAUUUGCUUAAUCUGAUUAUUAGUUGAUUAACUUAAAGUUUAAGAUUCUUGGUUACUGAUCAAAAGGUCAGGGGUUCCACUUUUGGGCUCUUAAACAAAGCCCUUAAGCCUCACUGCUCAUGAUGCAGGUACAGUGUAUCAUGGAUGAUCCAGCACUCUGAAGAACUCUAUAGAAGCUUGGAUAUAGAGAAAAGGAAUUUCACUGUCCUGUAAAGUAUUCAUGACCAAGCCGCCUUCUUCUGCAUUGAUCUGCGUCUACUAAGUAUAGUCUGUCCCAGAAAAUAAAUGAAGAAAAAAAUGAAACACCUAAAUGAUACGAAAGGUUAUCUGGGACAUUCUAAACUCUCUGCUGAUAUUUUUUCUUAUGCUCUAACUCAUAUAAGCCCUCUCACAAAGCCCUCUUGUUCUUCCUCAACUUCGAGCAGGGAGCUGAUGUACAUUACGAGAUGUCCAGACAGAGUACUUUGACCGCAGCAGUGGCAACCUUGUUAGGAGCCACGCUUGGAGGACUGUUCCUGUGGCGUAGUAUAUACGCACAGAAGAGAAAAGCUAUCAAAGUCCAAAAGGACUGUCGUUCGUUGCCUGUGGAACAACACAGAGCACUCGAACUGGGCAGCACUGCUGAUCAGCAUCCACAACAAGAGCCCUCAGCACCAUCGCUAGCAGCAACUCCCAAAUGUCUAUUACUUCCAUCUAUUGAGAAGACACUGGAGGUGCCCGCGGUGGUGGUGAGCUCUUCAGAAGAGUUCGAAGAACACUGGCCCUUGUUCCAGAAGGACCUGUCUGUCUUCCCUGUCCUGGGUUUGGACUGUGAAUGGGUCUCCAUCAAAGGCAAAGCCUGUGCGGUGUCUUUGCUCCAAAUGGCUACGUACUCGGGACGCUGUAUGCUGGUCAGACUGCUGCCGUUCCGUGAUGCCCAGCUGCCUCUUCCCAACGGCCUGCUGCAGGUGCUGAGAGAUUCCCGUGUGCUGAAGGUAGGCGUUGGCUGUUAUGAAGACAGCAAGCGUCUGGCUAGUGACCACGGUCUUGCCCUUGUGUGCACUGUGGACUUGCGCUACUUGGCACUCAGACAAAGGCAUGCAGUGCUGAAUAAUGGGCUGAGUUUAAAGUCCCUGGCUGCUGAUCUACUUAAUGUCACCCUGGAUAAAUCACUAGAGCUGCGCUGUAGUAACUGGGAAGCAGAAAACUUGAGUGAGGAGCAGAUGUUGUAUGCAGCACGAGAUGCCCAGGUCUCAAUCUCUCUCUUUCUCUAUCUGCUGGGACUCUAUUCUGAGCCAUGUCUGCUAAGUGAGGAUGAGACUGCCUUCUCGAAGCUGGCCGGCCACUGCCAGGGCCUGGUGGAUGUGCCCUUUAGGUGGCGGAGCGAAGGGGAUGAAGGGGAACGCAGGCGCCGGUGCCGCCGGUCUACCGUCGACAGUCCUGAGUCUGGUGAUCAGCAAGUACCAGACCCGCGCAGGAUUAAGCGGAAACCUCUUGGAGUUGGAUAUUCAGCCAGGAAAUCCCCCUUGUAUGACAACUGCUUCCUCCAUGCACCUGAUGGCCAGCCGCUCUGCACGUGUGACAAGAAAAAGGCAAAGUGGUACCUAGACAAAGGUAUAGGAGAGCUGGUCAGUGAGGACCCCUUCAUCGUACGACUGCUGUUUGAGCCCUCAGGUCGCCCUGACUCCCAGAAGGACUAUUACCUCACAGCCAAAGAAAAUCUUUGUGUGGUGUGUGGAAAAGCAGAGUCCUACAUCCGAAAGAACAUCGUUCCACAUGAGUACAGACGCCACUUCCCUGCUGAGAUGAAGGAUCACAACUCCCAUGACAUCCUGCUGCUGUGCACGUCCUGUCACGCGGCAUCUAACGUGUAUGACGGCUUUCUAAAGCAGCAGCUGGCAGACGAGUUCUCCGCCCCGCAGGGCUGCGAGGAGGGAGUAAGGAUGCUGGAAGACUCGGAUCGGCGGCGGGUACGAUCGGCCGCUCGUGCCCUUCUUAGUGCCAAUGACAGCAUGCCCGCCUCUAGACGAGAAGAGCUCCUGACAGUGGUUCAUGCAUACUUCUGCAAGGAAGGAGAGGAGCAGGCGGUCACAGAGGAAAUGCUGCAAACAGCUGCCAACCUGGAGACUAGGAUCUUUAAUGAGAGUUACGUGCCGCACGGGCUGAAGGUCGUACAGGCGUAUGCUGAGCAUGGACUGCGCGGUCUGAUUGACCUGGAGCGGCGCUGGCGUCAGCACUUCCUGUCCAGCAUGCAGCCCAACUUCCUACCUCCACUGUGGUCUGUCGACCAUAACCACGAGAAGUACCUGCGCAAGUAUGGAGAGAACUUGCUCAUUUAUCUGACCUGACCCCAUAGAGGUAGGCAGAGGCAGUUUGGGCAAGACCUAGACGGCCUCAUCCCAAACCACUGGUGUGUCAGUGUGUUACUACAAAAUGAACUUGUCCUAAUCUGAUAAUGACUCCUAUGUGAAGUGAGCCUAGAAUGAGUUCGAAGACUGUAGAUGAACCAAGUGACCAACAACAGACUUUUGAUUGUGGACUCAUUCACUGUGAUGAGAGAACACUGGUGACUAAAAGGAAGAUGAGGGGGAAAAAAAGGAACAAUAAACCAUGUCGAAUAUAUUACACACAACAGUGGAGAACAGUUCUCAGCUUUCCAUAAAAUGAAACUUGUAUAUUUUUAACAACCCAAACCUGCUCUUGAUUUCUUAAAAUGAAGAGAAAAAAAAAGAUAUAUAUAUAUAAAAAAGAGAGAGAGGUUAAAAUUUGUUGCAGGUUUGUGGUCCUAUUAAAUAUUUUGUAUAAUUGUGUGAAAAUCUAGGGUUUUGCAAUAUGGGGCUGUUGACUAUUUAUUUUUUACAUGUUUUCACACCACAUGUUUCUAUAAUAGCAGUUAUGCUGUCUAGAGUGUGUUGGUCUUUUAUGAUGGACUUAACAUGAUUCUAAACUUUACACCUUAAAACGAUAAACACAUUUCUGUUAGAACGUUUUAACAUCUCUGAUUCACAAACAUUUAUUUAUUUGGCACAUGCUUAGGGAGAAUGUGGCCAUACCGUCCUUCUGUACAUUUUCCCAAAUCUCUACCCAUCAGCUAGGACACCUCACAAGUGCGCAUUUGGUGCAUCCUUACCCCCAUGACUGUCUCGAUUUGGUGUGUAGCUCAUAACAGUGUCCUUGAUUUGCAAUUGCCCUUUAAAAACCAGAGACAAUUCCACUAGCAAUAACGAGUAAUUUCUUUUCUCCCAUAAUUAUCUUUGCAAAUGAGAUUUCCACAUGUGAGCAUGCUUAAUUUCAUUUAAGAAACUACAGCUUUAUUAUUUUAUUUACAUUUGUCCAGAUGUAACCUUAUAAAAGCUGUGAUGUUUCCUUAAGUUGAUAUUAAAAUGUAUAUUUAAUGUUAA